AUGACCUAUCGUAAGGGAGGGUGGGUUUGUCGCGCCAAUCUAGCCAAUCAAGCCAGCUGGCGUCGUCAUGGAGCUCGCCAUGCUCGACCUCUGGGCAACUCUUCAGGCGACUCUUGCUUCCCUUGUCCUGUUUGCCCAGCUGACCUGGGUCGAGUAUAUAGCAGCUAUGUCCAACUUAACAGGCAUUUCCGCCAGGUUCAUCCAACUGGAUUUCUAGCCUGUCCUCAUUGCCCACGAAAGUUUGCUCGACCGGUCAAGUUACGCCAGCAUCUGGAUGCCAUUCAUACAGGCCUGCGUAAAUUCGUUUGCACACAGCCCGGAUGUGCACGAGCCUUCAGCAGGAAUGAUAAAUUAACCGAACACCUCAGACGUCAUGUGAGUAGGUUUUAUUGGAAUCUGAGCCCACUUGGCUUCGCCUUAGCCUUUAUAUGA